GCUGCCGGUGACCGCGCCGGGCUCAACCGAGUGGUGCCGAGCUGAGCCGAACCGGGCCGGGCAGGGCCGAGCCGAGCCGAGCUCAGCCGAACCCAGCCGAAAUGCAGCGUGCGGCAGCGCGGGUGCUGCGGGCGGCCCGGGGUCUGCUCUAUGAGCGACACGGGGAGCCCGCUGCCGUGGUGCAACUGAAGGACAUCGAAGUGGCCAAGCUGGGGGACACCGAUGUCCACGUCAAGAUGUUGGCAGCUCCCAUCAAUCCUGCUGACAUCAAUAUGAUCCAAGGGACGUACGCCAUCCUCUCCCCGCUGCCGGCUGUGGGAGGCAAUGAAGGUGUCGGGGAGGUGCUGGAGGUCGGGAGUCGUGUGGCAGCUCUGAAACCUGGGGACUGGGUCAUCCCGGCCACCUCCGGACUCGGGACGUGGCGGACGCAGGGGGUGUUCCCUGAGCGGAUGCUGCUGAAGGUGCCCAGUGACAUCCCGGUGCUGAGCGCCGCCACCCUGAGCGUCAACCCCUGCACAGCGUACCGCAUGCUGGCUGACUUCGAGACCCUGGCGCCAGGUGACUCCGUCAUCCAGAACGCUGCCAACAGCGGCGUGGGGCAGGCUGUUAUCCAGAUUGCCAAAGCCUCUGGCAUCAAGACCGUCAACGUGGUGAGGGACAGGCCUGAUCUCCCAAAGCUGGUGGAGAGGCUGACGGCCCUGGGUGCCGACCAUGUUGUCACAGAGGAGAUGCUGAGAAAGCCAGAAAUGAAAGAUAUAUUUAAGAGCAUCCCAAAGCCCCGGCUCGCCCUGAACUGCGUCGGAGGCAAAAGCACGACGGAGAUGCUGCGGCAUCUGCAGCCCAAAGGCACCAUGGUCACCUACGGUGGGAUGGCAAAGCAGCCUGUGAUGGUGCCUGUGAGCGCCUUCAUCUUCCGGGACGUGCGGCUCCGCGGCUUCUGGAUGACGCAGUGGAGGAAGGACCAUGAGCAGGACCAGCAGAGCGUGGCCACCAUGAUGGAUGCCCUGUGCCAGCUCAUCCGCAGGGGCCACCUCACCGCACCCACCUGCACCCAGGUCCCUCUCCAGGACUACAGGGAGGCUCUGGAAGCUGCCAUGAAGCCCUUCACGUCCUCAAAGCAGAUCCUCCUCCUCUGAGCUGCAGCGCGGUGCUGCUC